AUGGCCGCAUGGCUCGGUGACAGCAGCCUCUCAGAUAUCGGUACAAAGAAUAGCUUAGAAACAUUUGUUAACCAACAUUUUGAUAUUGAUAGCAGUGUUGUUGAUUGUGAGAAGUUUGACAGUGAGUCUGCACCUGCUCGUGUACGUAGUGUCCAAAACGGUGGCUUGUUAGAUACCUUACAAAGCGAAAUAAUUCCCAAGGACAAAAGAACGAAUCUUUUAAUUGGAACAGUAUCAGAUACCAAUGAAAAGCGUCGAGAUGUACCUCAGACGAAUAUCGAGUUGCCAAAGUCCGUUAUGGAUAAAAGUAAACGUAAGAACGAUGACAACAGCGGCAGGUAUCACUGCGAGUAUGAUGGUUGUGAACGAACCUACAGUACUAUUGGCAAUCUACGGACACACUUGAAGACACACAAAGGUGAAUACAGGUUUGUGUGUUCGAUACAGUCGUGUAACAAAGCGUUCCUGACCUCCUACAGCCUUAAGAUUCAUGUCCGAGCUCACACCAAGGCCAAACCGUUUGCAUGCAACAUCGGCAAUUGUAAUAAAGCCUUUAAUACUCUUUAUAGACUGAGGGCACAUCAGAGACUCCACAGCGGCGACACUUUUAACUGUAAAGCCACCGGCUGUAGCAAGUUCUUUACAACGCUCAGUGACCUAAAGAAACACAUACGAACACACACACAGGAAAGACCUUACAAGUGCGUGACCACCGGUUGUGGCAAAUCGUUCACGGCGUCCCAUCACCUCAAGGCACACGCUCGCACACAUGUCCCGAGACACGCCACACAUGUUACACUUGCGACACCAGCUGUGGCUCAAGUUACGCCACAAGUGACGCCACAAACCACGUUACAGGUCUUGCCACAAGCUUCGCUCGCCACCUGUGCCUUACAGAUGAAAUCCGAAACAUCGAGAGUAUCAUCAGAUAAUCCGAAAUCGAGCCAGGAGAUGAGCUGGGACAGUCUGUUGGAGUCGUUCGGUCGGAUCACAACCGAGUCCAACUCAACAGACGACGGCUUGGAAGAUAUUACCAGCGUGAACGCGCUCGCCAACAACAACUUGGACAUCAACGAACUGCUCUUCGACAACACACACACGGACGUCAACCAGAACAUUACGAACAACUGGACAGAGGUCACCGACUUGGACUUAGUGAUACCCUCCAGUAAGAUGGAGGUGAAAACUGAGGCGAUACAACUCGCUCUGGCCAACGAAGUAGAACUCCAAGCGCCCUGGAUAGACGUGACCGCCCUCGCGUCCUCCAUACAAGAAGCUCCUGUCAGCAUUAGAGACAAAACACCAGAAAACAUAUUCACCCUAGCAACGUUCGUGCCCACACACAUGCAGAGCUACAUGGACCUGAACACGGACACACUGCCGACUGCGAACAUCAUCUCAGAGGAGUUCCUCGACACGCCCAACAUACUGGACGUUAGCGACAAGGUCUUCAACGAUAGCGAGCUAGUCACUAAUAUUGAUAAAAUGGCGGACUUCCUCAAAAACGACGACCGGUCUCUGAACACUCCCUCUCCCAAGAUACAGCACGCCGUUGAAAUAAACCCGUCGAGUUGCGUCCUCUUUAAUACUGACCUAACACUAGAAGACACUCUGCUGUUCGACAACGAACCUCCGUCAGACAUGUACGUGGUGCAAACGGAAACCGUGUUCGGUAGAAAAAUGGAGAACCCUUUAAAGAAACUGACGUCGGAUGUGGGGAUAUGUUCAUGUGAUAGUUGUGAGUGCGGCGCCGACAGCGGCGAGUGCAGAUCGUGCGGGGCGAAGGCCGAGGGCGGAGCACCCCGCGAGGACAGGUGCUCGUGUGUGGUGUGCGAGUGCGAUCAGGACAAGAUGAAGUGCGUGGCCGGCUGUGGGAAGGCUACGGACACGCAGAACAACACCUUCCUAGACUAUCACAAGCGACAUAACAACUCAAACCUUGAAGACUUGGGGGUGUUCGUUCAUAACUGUGACAACUUCGCUCUCAUCGACAGUAUCAAGUGUUCCUGUAACCAUGAACAGGACUCUGUAGAGGCAGGGGGCUGCUGUCACGCUGGAGGGAAACAAGGAACAUCAAGCAAGCCGUGUGGUACAGCCGAGCCGAGUCAAACAACUAACAAAACAUGCUGUAAUAAAGAUUCCGAGCACACGAACUCAUGCUGCGUGACGAUCUGCUUCAAGAAACUAGACGCCUUUAAACAGUUCUUAAACAGUAACGAUCUAUUAAAUGCUCUGAAAGGGAACGGUCUCACCAGCAGUUCAUGA